AUGGCUCGUAUCAUUGGAAUCGUUCUUCUAAGCCUCGUGCAAGCAAUUCAUGCUCAAAGCAGCUUCAUUGUUGCGAGCACAUCCCCAGCAAGUGCCGGUACCCCACUUCCGGCCUUCAUCAGUUACUCUAUUGAGUUCUGCUUCUUUCCGGAUUACGCUGGGAAUACUUCAAAUCCGAACACGUUUUCAAACAAUCUACUUAACAAUCUUGGCCAUUUCCAAGGGUCUAAACCACACAUUCGAGUUGGGGGAAAUACUCAAGAUUAUGCUCUAUAUAAUGCAAGUCUUCCAUACGCUGUGAAUGGCACAUUCAAUGCAGCAAAAGCUGCAGAUUAUCCAACGACGGUUUAUAUUGGCCCUUCCUAUUUCGAGUCUUACAGUACUUGGCCAGACGUCAAAUUUAGUCAUGGAUUCAAUAUGGGACUCGGCGGAAGCAGUUCUGCUGGAUGGCAAACACUGCUAGACACGGUACCAUUGGCGUGCAAAGCUUUAGAAGGGGGGAAGCUCCUCAUGUGGGAAUAUGGAAAUGAACCGGAUUUGUUUUCUACCUCUGCACAAGGACCGGUUCGACCUCCCAGUUGGAAUGAAUCAACAUACGUAAGCCAAUGGCUGAAUGGAAGCCGACAAAUCAAAGAAGGCGUCGCAGCAGCCUGUCCUGACUUGGCUUCCUAUGGGUUCAUGGCACCCUCUUUUGCGGGUGUUGAAAACCAUCUUAAUCCUGUGACAACAUGGAAUGAUGGAUUAGAUGUUGAUAAAGACAUUGAAUUAAUAUCAUCACAUAAUUAUAUUGGCGGUGCCACGCAACCAGGUGUGACACUCCAAGGAACACUCAUGAAUCACACGCAAACCGUUAUCUCUGUUGCCCGACAACUCAACGUAUCCAAUCUCCUUGCAUCAUCCAACAUACCUUUUAUUCUUGGAGAAACCAAUUCGCUUUACAAUCAAGGUGCACCAGGGUUGUCAAAUGCCUACGGUGCUGCUCUAUGGAAUUUGGACUUUGCUCUCUAUGGUGCAAGUAAGAAUAUUCAUCGCAUCCAGUAUGUGAAGUUCUUAGAAACAAUUCCUCCUGAUUUUCAUAUUGACAACCCUUCGCGUAGUUUCCACACGGGUCUUUCCUUCCGCUACGCGGCUUGGCAACCUCAAGACACGGAAAUCAAUCCAAAAGGCACAAAACCUCCUUACUAUGGUAACAUCGCCACUGCCGCGUUCCUAUCCAAUCUUACCGCGUCAACCAUAACCAUAGCCGAAAUUCCAUUAUCCAAUGCGAUGGAAUCUGCUUAUGCCGCCUAUGCCAAUGGCGCUCUGAAGCGAAUUAUCAUCAUCAACAUGCAUGAAUACAACUACACCGUCAACGGAACCUCAACGGUCUUGAACCCCGUCCCUCGUCCAAUCAGAAAUUAUACAGUCACCAUUCCUAGCCACGCAACUAAUUCCCCAGAUUAUUAUGCACCGGCCCCGCUGCCGAAGUCGGCAACACUGAGAGCCCUUCAUGCAAACGGCAGUGAUGCAAUCACGGGUAUUACGUACGAUGGAUACUCUUACAAUUAUGAACUCAAUAAUGGCCUCCCUGUGCGGCUGACAAACGUGACGGUUGGGCAGAAAGUCAGGGUUGUGGGCGGAAAAUUGAUUGUGCCAGUCGAAGAUUCAGGGGCGGUGACGAUUGAUUUUGGAGCAUGA